GAGCCUUCGAGGUCGUCGUGAUGAAGGCGACGGACGGGGCCGAGCUGGACGAUGGCCUGCCGACCACCCGAAGUAACCGAGAGUUCUCCCGCUUCCUCGACAACCUGCCCCUCGGAGACGAGAUAGCGGUGAAGCCGGGGCGCGCGAGGCUGGUGUACGGGGGCGCCAACCAGCCGAUAACGGACCUCGUCCUCGUCGCCAAUGGGGUGGGCGUCGUGCCGAUGAUCCAGAUGGUGAACGAGCUCUUGCCUUCCUCGUCGUCUUCGGUGGCUUCCGCGUCUGUCGUCUGGCUCAAUGAGAAGGCCGAGGACUUCGCCCUCUACUCGGAGCUGGAAAAGGCCUUCUUCCGGAACCACCGCAAGCUGGACGUGAGCUGCAUCGUCGAGAGGGAUCUGUUCGGGAGCCACCUCGAGGCCAACGCUAACGUUAACGCGGCCUCUCCCGAGUUUAAGAUCGGCACCCUGGCCGCGGUGGCAGGGCCAGAUUUCUUCACACGAAAGGUGACCGACUACCUGGUCCGAAGGGGCUACCCCGAAGAUGCCAUCAUCAGUCUCUGACCAUCUCCACAGCUCGAUUCCCGCGGGGUGCGAGCGGGCUGCAUCAAUAUGUAGGAGAAGAGACCAUCAUCAGCCCCUCAUCAUCUCCCAAGCUCGAGGCUUGUCUAGCGGACGGGGUCGGAGCGGCGUGCAUCAGAAAGGAAGCCGGCCCCGCCGCUUGCCCCGCUCCCGCCGUUCAACCGCCCCCAUCGUUAUGGUGUUCUUUUCCGUGAACCGUGUUGUAUUUUUCUGCUUCUUUUUAUGUCUUGCACUCUACCUCGGUGGAGCAGCAGCAGUGCAUGAGUUGUUGGUGACUGUGUGCGUUCCACCUCGUUCCUUCUUCUUUCUCUCUUGUUGUUGGUGUUUCGUUUUGUUGAUGCGUGUGUGCAAGGGGUCGAAUGGUGACGCUUUGGAGCUGCUGUGUGAAAGAGUAGCUGGCCGCUGCUUCCCCGCCGUUACUGCUUGUUCGUGUCCGUGGGAGGCCUUUCUUGGUGCUGAGGAGUGUCGCAAGCAGCGCGCCCGUACACCCGUCUCCCUUGUGCUUACACUGUAUCACAUGUUAAAAUCUGCGGAUAGUUGGUAGAGGGAGGGUGCACCAGAGAAAGACAUUCCUUAUCGCACAUAAGCCAACUUUACUGUUUUCCGGAAAUCUCGGUGUUUUUCUUUUAUCGUUUGUUUCACUUCACCUCUUGGAGACUUUUCACUUGAAGGACUUGACACGCAAUCACGGUACUACAGGUACGGGGGAUGUGUACUACUUGACCUCCCCCCCCUUCGAGGAUUUACUUGACCACGUCUGAUACACAUUUACCUACGACAGGCAAGUCACAGCGUUCAGGAUAGAUACAGAGCACGGGAUCAUUUCCUUUUCUGGUGUGAUGGGAUUCAAAAGUAGACAGUAAAUUAAAUAGCAGCGAGGUGGGCGCGCGAACCAAAGCCAAUAGUUU